AUGACCUGGGGAAAUCGCUCAGUGUUGAUGGAGUUUGUGUUCCUGGCUUAUCCCUCUUACCCUGAGCUGGGUGCCUUGUCCUUCCUUGGAGUCAGCCUGGUAUAUACAUUGAUCAUCAGUGGGAAUGUCCUCAUUGUGGUGGCCAUCCAGACUGAAGUCCGCCUACACACACCCAUGUACUAUUUCCUGGGCAGCCUCUCGGGAGUAGAAAUAUGCUACACUGCAGUGGUGGUGCCUCACAUUCUGGCAAACAUCCUACAGUCAGAGAAAACCAUCACCCUCCUGAGCUGCGCCACUCAGAUGGUGUUCUUCAUCGGACUUGGCAGUACCGAUUGCUUCCUCUUGGCUGUGAUGGCCUAUGAUCGUUAUGUUGCUAUCUGCUAUCCCUUGCGGUACCCUCUCAUCAUGACUUUAACUCUUUGUGUUCGCUUGGUUGUAGCUUCCGUGGUCAUCGGCUUGGUCCUGUCCUUACAGCUGGUGGCCUUCAUCUUCUCUCUGCCAUUCUGCCAGACUCGGGGUAUCGAUCACUUCUUUUGUGAUGUGCCACCAGUGAUGCGCCUUGUUUGUGCCAGCAGCCACAUCCAUGAGCAGUCAGUGCUGGUGGCGGCCACACUAGCCAUCGCCGUGCCUUUCCUCCUCAUCGCCACCUCCUACAGCUUCAUUGUGGCUGCUGUGCUCAAGAUCCAUUCAGCAGCUGGCCGCCACCGGGCCUUCUCCACCUGCUCCGCCCACCUCACUGUGGUCCUGCUGCAGUAUGGCUGCUGCGCCUUCAUGUACCUCCGCCCCAGCUCCAGCUACUCCCCCAAGCAAGAUCAGUUCAUCUCACUGGUGUACACAUUAGGAACCCCACUGCUCAACCCACUUAUCUAUACUCUGAGGAAUAGUGAGAUGAAGGGAGCCAUAGGGAGAGUUCUUACCAGGAGUUGUCUCUCUCAGAGAAACUAG